UCUGCUUGUUGUCAUCAUUCAGCGUCAGGCACUUGGUCAAUCCAAAUCCAACGAAUCUUUACUAAACUCAUCCACAACAAAUAUCAACAACAAUGAAAUUCUUCGUUUUGGCUGUUUGCGCAAUUGCCGCUGUUUCGGCUGAUGUCUCGCAUCUGAAUCUGGGAGGUGGCAACGGCUACAACUACGACAAGCCAACCCCAUCGUUCGACAUUGACAUUCGCUCAGCAGCUGGACCAUCCUACUCUGCCCCUGCUCCAGCUCCCGCUCCAAUCUACUCGGCUCCCGCACCAGCUCCCAUCUACUCAGCUCCUGCUGCCGCUCCUCAGCCCGAGUACCUUCCCCCUGUGCAGGACAUUCCCGCUCCAGCUCCAGUCUACUCUGCUCCAGCUCCAGCUCCAGUUUACUCUGCUCCUGCUCCCGCACCAGCUCCAGUCUACUCUGCUCCUGCUCCAGCUCCAGUUUACUCUGCUCCUGCUCCAGCUCCUGAGUACAGCGCACCUGCUCCAGCUCCCGAGUACCUGCCACCUGUGCAAGACAUCCCUGCUCCUGCACCAGCUCCAGUCUACUCUGCUCCAGCUCCAGCUCCAGCGCCAGUCUACUCUGCCCCUGCCCCCGCUUCAGUCUUCUCUGCCCCCGCUCCUGCUCCUGAGUACAGCGCACCUGCCCCAGCUCCAGAGUACCUGCCACCUGUGCAAGACAUCCCUGCUCCUGCUCCAGUCUACUCUGCCCCAGCUCCUGCUCCCGUCUACUCGGCUCCUGCUCCCGCACCAGCUCCAGUCUACUCGGCCCCUGCCCCCGCUCCCGUCUUCUCAGCUCCCGCUCCUGCUCCUGAGUACAGCGCACCUGCUCCAGCUCCAGAGUACCUGCCACCUGUGCAAGACAUCCCUGCUCCUGCUCCAGUCUACUCUGCCCCAGCUCCUGCUCCCGUCUACUCGGCUCCUGCUCCUGCACCAGCUCCAGUCUACUCUGCUCCAGCUCCCGCUCCCGCUCCCAUCUACUCAGUUCCAGCACCUGCGCCAGCUGCUCCUAUCUUCUCGGCACCUUCCGGUCACAGCUACUCUGCUCCAGCUGUUGAGUCCAGCGGAUACGAGUACAACGUGCCAGCCAAGCGUUUCCGUUUCUAAGUGGCCAUCACUCCAUCCACUCAUCGGGGACAACGCCGUUUGUUAAAUUAAUAAACGGCCUUUGUCCCUUUGUUGUUGAUUAUUUGUUGAUAUUAUGCAAAGUU